CUGAGCUCUCCAAAGCCUACUGCCAGAUCUCUUCGUGACUAACUGCAACAGAGACCAAAGAUGAUUCCUUUCUUAACAAUAUUUUCUCUACUCUUGCUGGUUGUUGUUAACCCUGCAAAUGCCAAUGGUCAUUAUGACAAGAUCUUGGCUCAUAGCCGUAUCAGGGGCCGGGACCAGGGCCCAAAUGUCUGUGCCCUUCAGCAGAUUUUGGGCACCAAAAAGAAAUACUUCAGCACUUGUAGGAACUGGUAUCAAGGUGCCAUCUGUGGAAAGAAAACGACUGUGUUAUAUGAAUGUUGCCCUGGAUAUAUGAGAAUGGAAGGAAAGAAAGGCUGUCCAGCAGUCAUGCCUAUUGACCAUGUUUAUGGUACGCUGGGCAUUGUGGGAGCAACCACAACACAGCACUAUUCUGAUGUCUCCAAACUGAGGGACGAGAUUGAAGGAAAAGGAUCAUUCACCUAUUUUGCACCGAGUAAUGAGGCUUGGGACAACUUGGAUUCUGAUAUUCGUAGAGGUUUGGAGAACAACGUAAAUGUUGAGUUAUUGAAUGCUUUACAUAGCCAUAUGGUUAAUAAGAGAAUGUUGACCAAGGACUUAAAAAAUGGCAUGAUUGUUCCUUCAAUGUAUAACAAUCUGGGACUUUUCAUUAACCACUAUCCUAAUGGGGUUGUCACUGUUAACUGUGCUCGAAUCAUCCAUGGGAACCAGAUUGCAACAAAUGGCGUUGUACAUGUUAUUGACCGUGUCCUUACACAAAUUGGCACCUCAAUUCAAGACUACAUUGAAGCAGAAGAUGAUCUCUCAUCUUUUAGGGCAGCCGCCAUCACAUCAGAUAUACUGGAGAGCCUUGGAAGAGAUGGUCACUUCACUCUCUUUGCUCCUACCAAUGAGGCUUUUGAGAAACUUCCACGAGGUGUCCUAGAAAGAAUCAUGGGAGAUAAAGUGGCUUCUGAAGCUCUCAUGAAGUACCACAUUUUAAACACUCUUCAGUGUUCUGAGGCAAUUAUGGGAGGAGCAGUCUUUGAGACCUUGGAAGGAAACACAAUUGAGAUAGGAUGUGAUGGUGACAGCAUAACAGUAAAUGGAAUAAAAAUGGUGAACAAAAAAGACAUUGUGACAAAUAAUGGUGUCAUCCACCUGAUUGAUCAGGUCCUAAUUCCUGAUUCUGCCAAACAAGUUAUUGAGCUGGCUGGAAAUCAGCAAACCACUUUCACAGACCUUGUGGCCCAAUUAGGCUUGGCAUCUGCUCUGAAGCCAGAUGGAGAAUACACUUUGCUAGCACCUAUGAAUAAUGCAUUUUCUGAUGAUACAUUGAGCAUGGACCAGCGCCUUCUAAAAUUAAUUCUACAGAAUCACAUCUUGAAAGUAAAAGUUGGUCUUAAUGAGCUUUACAAUGGACAAAAACUUGAGACCAUUGGAGGCAAACAGCUCAGAGUCUUUGUGUAUCGUACAGCUGUCUGCAUUGAAAAUUCAUGUAUGGUGAGAGGAAGCAAGCAAGGAAGAAAUGGUGCCAUUCACAUAUUCCGAGAGAUCAUCAAACCAGCAGAGAAAUCCCUCCAUGAAAAAUUAAAACAGGAUAAGCGCUUUAGCAUCUUCCUCAGCCUACUUGAAGCUGCAGACUUGAAAGCGCUCCUGACACAACCUGGAGAUUGGACCUUAUUUGUGCCAACCAAUGAUGCCUUUAAGGGAAUGACUAAUGAAGAAAAGGAAAUUCUGAUCCGGGACAAAAAUGCGCUUCAAAAUAUCAUCCUUUACCACCUGACACCAGGAGUUUUCAUUGGAAAGGGAUUCGAACCUGGUGUUACUAACAUUCUGAAGACCAUACAAGGAAGCAAAAUCUACCUGAAAGGAGUAAAUGAUACACUUUUGGUGAAUGAAUUGACAUCAAAAGAAUCUGACAUCAUGACAACAAAUGGUGUUAUUCAUGUUGUUGAUAAACUGCUCUACCCAGCAGACACACCUGUUGGAAAUUAUCAGUUGCUGGAAAUACUUAAUAAACUGAUCAAAGACAUCCAAAUUAAGUUUGUUCGAGAUAGCACCUUCAAAGAAAUACCCAUGACUGUCUACACAACUAAAAUUAUAACCAAAGUUGUAGAACCAAAAAUUAAAGUGAUUGAAGACAGUCUUCAGCCUAUUAUCAAAACUGAAGAGCCAAUUAUUAAGAAAUACACAAAAAUCAUUGAUGGAAUACCUGUGGAAAUAACUGAAAAAGAGACAAGGGAAGAGCGAAUCAUUACAGGACCUGAAAUAAAAUACACUAGAAUCACUGCUGGUGGUGGUGGAGAAACAGAAGAAACUCUGAAGAAAUUAUUUCAAGAAGAGGUCACCAAGGUCACCAAAUUCAUUGAAGGUGGUGAUGGUCAUUUAUAUGAAGAUGAAGAAAUUAAAAGACUGCUUCAGGGAGAUACACCUUUGAGAAAGAUGGAAGUCAACAAAAGAGUUCAAGGAUCUAGAAGACGUUCAAGGGAAGGUCGUUCUCAAUGAAAAUCCAGGAACCAGACAACAAAUUUUAUAAAACCCUAAAUCAGUAACCUGAUCUGAAAGGGAAAUUAUGAGAGCCACUUUGACUUCUGGAAAUGAACAAUCAGCACAAAAAAGCAAUCAUGAAAUAAUUCUGAAUGCAAAUUUAAUUUUUUUUUCUGAAUGCAAAACAUGAGGGAAAUUAUAGGGUUAGCCUUUUGGGGGAUAGGACUUGAGGAAAAUACAACACUUUUUUUAGGCUUUUACAUCUUACCAUUAAAAUUUUUGGCUAAUUUUGUAAUCCCUCAAGAAAAUCCUUGUGAAAUCUUAAUGAUGAGUUGUUAUCCCAUCGAGAAUACCUAGCCUUGAAUUUAUAUAAUGAUUUUUAAAAAUGCAUGCAAGCAGUUACCUCUCCAUGCAAUGUUAUAAAAAAUGGGUGCUCACUAUUAAAAAAUCAAACUUUCACAACAAAAGGCUUUACACAUUUCUAAUACAAUGUGGGUUUACCAGUAAAUUAUGUUAUUUCUACAACUAAUUUUGUACUCCUGAAAUAUUUGCCAUAUGCUUCUUUGCAAUACAUAUUUUUAUCUCAAACAUUUCAAUGAAGCCAUUUUUCAGGUAUAAAGAGAAUUACUUCAAAUUGGGUAAUUCAAAAAACUCAAGGUUUACAUUAAUAAGUUUGGACUUGGGAACAGGACUUUAUACCUCUUUUUGUUUUUUAAAUAACAAAUACUUAUUAAAGGAAAUUG